GUUUUUCAAGAAGUGGAGAUGGGAAAAUCUUCAAGAAACUGAAGGCUUGAGCUAAGAAAAACCGUCUUCCAGAAGGAGUCGUCCCUCCUUGACAUCACCGAAGCGCUCGAAUCGAACCGCCUUGCUUUCUCUUUAAUGCACUUUUCGAUGUGUUUUCGCUCUCAUCGCCUUCGUGUCUGCUUCUCUAGCGUCCACGUUUCUUCGUCCAUGGCUCUAUUUCUACUCUUCUUCUUCUCCUUCUUCUCAUCUCUCAUCCACCACCACCGCCAACGACGGCGAGGGCAGGAACGCACACCCACAUUUCAUAUCCGAAGGCAGUAACAAACCCGCUUGAGAUCUCGGAGACUCGUCCAAGCUCGGUUCUUUUUGCAAUGAGGCUGUACGUGUACGUGUUGGAGGCAAAGGGACUGCCCGUGAAGGACUCGUACGUGAACGUCCAGGUCGGGAAGCUCAAGUCCAAGACUAGGAUCGUGGAGCGCACCAAGAACCCGUGGUGGAACGAGGAGUUCGUGUUCCGGGUGCAUGAUUGCGAGGAGGAGGUGAUCCUGUCCGUCUAUCACCACGAGGACAGCCACGGGCUCUUCAGUUCAUCAGGGGAAUUGCUAGGUCGGGUCAAGAUUCCGGUCUGGUCCGUCGCCAACGAGGACAACCGGAUAUUGCCACCGACGUGGUUCUCCGUCGGGCAGCCUAAGGCGGGGAAGUUCAUACGAAAAGAUUGCGGGAAGAUACUCGUAUCAAUUUCUUUGCAUGGUAGUCUCCAGGACACAUCUUCCGACAAUCCGCUCCUUCCCAGUUCCAAUGUCAACUGCAAUCAGGCCGAAGAAGAAACAGAUUUAGCUAAAUCUCAAGCUCAGAAGAUACACGAUGGGAAACAUUGGAUGAAGGCUAUCGCGAAUCGUUUAGAGAGAAUCUUUGCCAAACAUGAGGAUGUGUCAGAAACUUGUGCCUCAUCGGAAGCAUGUGGCACUCCAUCAUAUUAUGAGGAUUGUGUGGAAAAACAACACCCUGAUUACAUCUUUGAAGAAGCUAUUGGGAUGAUAAAGUCGAGGGAUGGCCAAGAAGAAUUGCCUGAAGAUCUUCAAGGAGGCAUUCUGUUCGAUCAGAUCUAUGCCGUACGUCCACAUGACUUGAACAGUUUUCUCUUUGCACCAGACUCUAAGUUCAGGAGAGACCUGGCUAACUUGGAGGGAACAACAAAUUUAGAAGAGGAGCCGUGGACUUUGAAACAAGAGGAAGAUCCACCACUUUUAACACGAACAGUUUCCUAUAAUAAGGCCGCCACAAAGUUAAUCAAGGCUGUAAAAGCGAGCGAGCAACAAUUUUACCUCAAAGCAGAUGGAAAAAACUUCGCUGUCUUUGUAGAGGUAAGCACUCCCGAGGUUCCCUAUGGGAAUAUGUUCAAAGUGGAGUUGCUUUACAAGAUAAUGCCUGGACCAGAAGAAAGAUCAGGAGAGGAGUCCUCACGUCUUAUAAUCUCUUGGAGGGUUAAUUUCCACCAGAACACCAUGAUGAGAGGUAUGAUUGAAGGAGGUGCUCGUCAGGGUCUAAAGGACAGUUUUUAUCAUUUUGAGAACUUACUGGCUCAAAGUUUUAGGAUACUCGGUUCUGCAGAGCCGUCUAACAGAGAUCAGAUCAUUGCAUCUCUGGAAAAUGAACAGCAGUCGGAUUGGCAAUUGGCUACCAAACACUUCUGCAAUUUUACCAUGCUUUCCACCUUUUGUAUGGUUGUGUAUGUGAUUAUGCACAUUCUACUUUGCAAGCCUAGUGAACCGCGGGGCUUGGAAUUCCUAGGUAUUGAUUUGCCAGAUAGCCUUGGAGAGCUCAUUGCAUGCGCAAUAAUAACCAUCCAGGUGGAACGUGUUUUCUACAUGGCUUCACAUUUUGCGCAAGCCAGGUUGCAGAGAGGUGGUGAUCAUGGCGUCAAGGCCCAAGGCGACGGAUGGAUUCUUACUGUAGCUUUGAUAGAAGGGACGAACAUGGCAUCGCUGGCUUCAACGGGAUAUUCUGAUCCAUAUGUGGUUUUUACAUGCAAUGGGAGAACAAAGACGAGUUCUGUUAAGCUCCAGACUUGUGAUCCUCAAUGGAAUGAAAUAGUGGAGUUUGAUGCUAUGGAAGAACCACCUUCAGUUUUGGAUGUGGAGGUUUUUGAUUUCGAUGGUCCAUUUGAUCAGGCCACUUCUCUGGGGCACGCUGAGAUAAAUUUUUUGAAGCAUACAUCCACUGAUCUUGCGGAUAUGUGGAUCUUCCUCGAGGGCAAGCUGGCUCAGUCUGCUCAGUCGAAGUUGCACCUGAGAAUCUUUUUGGACAACAACAAUGGAGUAGAAACGGUUAAGGAGUUUCUAACAAAGAUGGAGAAGGAAGUGGGAAAGAAGUUGAGUCUGAGGUCACCUCACAGAAAUUGUACAUUCCAGAAACUGUUCAAGUUGCCACAGGACGAGUUUCUCAUCAGUGAUUUUGCCUGUUCACUCAAGAGAAAACUGCCUUUACAGGGCCGCCUUUUCCUAUCUUCAAGGAUUGUCGGGUUUUAUGCCAAUUUGUUUGGUCAUAAAACCAGGUUUUUCUUUCUCUGGGAAGACAUUGAAGAUAUUCAAGUGCUUCCACCGUCAUUCGGUUCUAUGGGUAGUCCAUCCCUUGUCUUCCUUUUGCGUAAGGGUCGAGGUAUGGAUGCGAGGCACGGCGCAAAGUCUCAAGACGAAGAAGGCGGGCUUAGGUUCCAUUUUCAAUCAUUUGUAUCGUUUAAUUCAGCCAGCAGGACAAUUGUGGCCCUGUGGCGGACUCGAGUUAUGACGCCUGAGCAAACAGAGCAGAUUGCCAAAGAGCAGCAUGAUCAAGAAAGCUCGUCUGUGUUGGAUGAUGCAGCGGCGAUUCUGGAUACAGAAGAUGCAGACAUGUCCAAAAUCUACUCCGCUGAACUCCCUAUUGCGAUGAGCUCCUUGAUGGAGCUAUUUGGUGGAGGGAAGGAGGAGUAUCGAAUCAUGGAAAAAUCCGGCUGCCUCAAUUAUUCGGCUACUGAAUGGGAAUCUGUGCAGCCCGGUACCUUCGAGCGCUCGGUGUCGUACAAAUUCAAUCGCUACAUCUCGAUAUUUGGAGGGGAAGUCACCAGCACGCAGCGAAAAGUUUCUACCGAUGAUGGUUGGACAGUCAAUGAGGUCAUGGCCCUCCACAAUAUCCCAUUUGAAGAGAAUUAUCGAGUGCGGGUAACGUACCAGAUCGAGGAAUCAGGCCAAAAUCACAGCUCCUGCAAGUGUGAUGUCUUUGUUCACAUCAUCUGGUUCAGGAGCACCAAGUUCCAGCACAGGAUUACGCGCAACAUAACCAGUAAAUUGUCCCAGAGAUCAAAGGACAUUUUCGAGCUAGUAGAGAGAGAAACUCUCUUAGCGACGCGUCUUCUCAAGUCCGCUUGACAGGAAGAGCUGGUAAGUGUGACGGAAUGAGCCGAAACAGCUAACUCAGUCAUGCUCUAACUCGGUAGGUCGCAACUACUGAGUUCUGCUCUUCACCAUCUUCCAGGCAGCGGUUAUGGGGAUUGUCGUUUUGCUCGGCAGCUUGAUUCUGUACUCACGGUAGAAUGCUGUCGAAUGCCGCCUGGUCUGGUUCAGUUUUCUGUCUAGAUCAAUAGGAUUG